GGAAGACCGAAGCGUCUUCAUUCAAACUCGGCCGCAAACCUCUUGCUUUUGUUACUCGACGAACUACGUUACUUCGGCCCACUGCCACUGAUGCCACGGACUGGAAGCGAAGUCUGAGAAACUCGUCCCACCGCGAUGACCGACGGUCCCCACUGACCAGCACAGGGAAGUCCGUCUCACGCCGAGUAAAGUAAGCAUGUCAUUUGAAUGAUCGACGCUGCAUGCUAUCGACUGUUGACAACGAAUGCAGCAGAGCGUUUCCUCAUUUCAAGCAAACCCCAAGUCUGAGUGGUGUAAUGCGAGAGUGACCAGUCUCUGGCAAUACUCCGGAUUUCGUUUGGACACGAUCAGCGGGCGAACACCGCCAUGGCGAUGGCAAAGGCGUUCGUGAUCGCCGAUGCGCACAAGCGGGACAUCACGGCCGUCGAGUUCUUGCCGUACAAGCGAGAGUAUGUGACUGCGUGCGAAGGGGGAUUCCUAUCGUUCUGGGAGGCUGACACAGGAAAGCAGGUUAACACCAUCAAGGCUCAUCCGGGUGCUGUCAUGGCUCUGGCUGUCUGGAAUGAUGCUAAAACACUGCUGUCGGGAAGUUUGGACGGAACUGUGAAGACGUGGACUUCUGUCCUGGAGUGCCGGCAAAUCCUUGACCUCCAGACUCCAGUAUACUCAAUGGCAUGGCAUUUGAGAACGGGACAACUGCUGGUCGGUGUGGAAGGUGCUAUGCAGGUCAUAUCGGAAAAAGAAGGCAGCAAGCUCUCGGGUCGCUAUCUGAAAACCAGAGCUGACUACGUUCUUGCACAUCAUGAAGACAUUGUGCAGGGAAUACAGAGCUAUGAGAGUCGCGUCUACUCAGCUGGGAUGGAUUCAAAGCUCAUUGCUUAUGAGACUUACAGUGAUCACGGCCGAGAACUGAUUCGAGCGGUCACAAGAAGAGAGUGCGCGCACACGUGUGGUAUUCCGUUCCUAACAGUUGGCAAGGACACUACGGGCAACAUCUGGGUGAUCACCGGUUCGUAUGAUCGUUAUGUGCGCAUUUGGUCCAUGGACCUGCAGGCCAUCUACUCCUUUGGACACAAUGAGGACAUUCGAGGUCUGUGCGUGAGUCACUUCUGCAAUCAGCUGUGGGUGAUGCAGAACCAGUCCACCGCAGCACACAUCUACGAUCCCAAGUCCGGUGAAGAGCUCUCCGACUACAUGGUCACGCAUGAAGAGAUGCUCAGCAAAGACCUGGGUAUUCUCAAGCUGUUUUCCUGGUCCGAAACUGGAGACAUUGUGGGCACUACUCGUAAAAAGUCACUGGUGGUAUGGAAGUUUGACUACGGAGCUCCCAUGGUCAUCAACAAAGUGGAUGAGAUUCAACAUACAUUAGCAUACACACGGAAAGUACCCAUCCUGAUCUUCAGCGGCGGUGAGGAUGGAGACAUUGUCAAGUGGGAGAAACAACAGCUGAGCAGUCUACGCUUCAGUACUGAGACGCUUCCUUACAGCGAGGCUGCCGACAAGGUACGACUGACCGAAGAGGAGAUAUUUGCCAGGGAGCAGGCCAGGAGGCUAGAAAGUGGCGGAGCCGACACGGGAGAAGUUGAGACCGAAAAGCACAUCUCCAUCAAUCGAGUGGUGUUUGUGGAAAGCUGUGACUACCUCAUAGCCGGCUGUGAUGAUUCAAACAUUUACGUAUGGGGUUUCAACGAGCAGCAUCGGCGUGUGCAGCGUGAGAUGGAGGAGAAGGAGCGCCUAAACCCGGAGCACAGCCGUACUAUGAAGUUGAUGAGCAUGUCCACAUGUAGUUUCAUGUCCAGUGAUGCUUCAAGAUCACCGACCAUUGCUGAGGAGGAUUCAUCUGGUAACCGAGUGGCUGGCUUUGAAUGUCUUUACACAUUAUGUUACCACAUCUUGUCAGUCACUGCACUGGCUGUGGUACCACAGGAAGGUAACAAGUAUCCAUUCCUGUUGUCAUCAGGUUGGGAUCGUCGCUUGGUGUUGUGGAACACGCAGACGGGAAGAGUGGUGGACUCUCUCCGACCUCCGGCUGCGGUACGCGGAAAAGCAGCGGCCGACAUCGUCACCGAUCUAGCCUACAGCAAAGAACUGAAUCUCUUUGCGUACUCGUCGGCAGACAAGAAAGCCUACAUUCGCAAGUUUGCACGCGAUGGCAAGAAGAUGCUGCUCGAAGCCGAGCUCUCUGGUCACCGUGCUGAGGUCACGAAGAUUUGCUGGAACAAGUUCACGCAGACGUGGAUAACCAGCUCGGCUGAUCAGACCGUGGCCAUCUGGGCUUCGCACGGUGAGUCACGUCUGGCAACACUUCGUCUGGACGGCACGGUCAGUGCACUAACAGUGGACACGGUCAACGGGUGCGUUCUGGCUGCUUCCGAGAGCGUAUUCUGGGUCUUUAACCCGUACACGUAUCAACGAUUGCGACGAUGCAAGGGCCACCGAGAUCGCAUCCGGGCAAUCCUGCACGUUCCUGAAAAUAACCAGUAUGUAACGUGUUCAUGGGACAAGACCAUGCGACUGUGGAAUUCUCACAAAGCACCUUUGGAUCGCGGUGAGGAAGAAGUUGUGGAAGAGGAGCCAUCGCCUCUCAAGUCACGUAGCACAAUCCGAAACACUGGUGAGAAGCAAUGCCAGCAGCAGCUUGCUCAUGCUGAAUCCAACAUCCAAGUUGUGGUGGAGCAAGUCUAAUACCGUAAUAGAAUAGUGAGCACGUGGCAAGUGCCGUCACACACGGUAACGGCCAGUACGACCAUGGCUGUACCACUGUGACUUUUGGUCCCGGAUGGUCCACCCAGAGCGCCAAAACUGUUGGCCGGAAACUCCAAUUUUUUCCCACGGGGGACACCCGGUCGCACCCCGAGAGACACCCGGUCGCACCACUCACCACACUACCCUGUGACGCCACUGGUACGUGAAUGAGCUAGUGUUCGCUACUCCCGCUUCUUGACUGCUCUCCGGGAUUGUCCCGUUCAAAUCUGCUUUGCUCAGCUUUGCCUUGAUUUAUAGCUCUCUUUAGGCGUACUAGUUUCUUGAAUGGGGAAGCGCUGUCAUUUAGUUCCAGGAUGCUUCCAUUACGAACACCAGCACACAAUUCUGAUAACCUAUUCCUGCUAUUUAGUAUUUUACUUAUUCCCAGAGCCUCAAUGGCACACAUUAGUUAGAGAGAAAGAGAUCAAUGACACUCAAAGUCGUGCAACAGGUGCAGCAAAUCCGGCGCGAUUAUUUCCACCGUGAUAAAUUUGUUCAGAAGAUAGGAAAGAUAAUUACUGAGAAAA